AGAAGUAUCUGUAGAAAAGGUCGCAGUGUUUUGGUCAUGUAGCCAGUGUUGCUUUAAUUAAAUAAAAAUAAAAGUAAAUAAAUAUAGCCAAAAAUGUUAACUGCGUCUGCUUCUGUAGUGGGGUAUGGUCGGAGACAAGGUUCAAGCCGAAAAGUUAACUCGGCGGAGGUGAAACCAGAACCAGUAGAUCUACGACAAGUGACAGUGUUGCCCAAAUCGGAAUGGCUGCGUAUCCAGGACAGUCUAAAUCAUGUAAACAGACAGCGGGAGAGUCUCAUUGCUGCAGCAAGGCAGCGUCAGGACUUGCACCUGCGCUCCAAGGAGGUGGUCAAAAACUGGUCAAACACCAUAGCUGGACAACGACUGAAGAAAUUGGAAGCAAAGAAAAUCAGAGAAGAGCUGGAGGAGGAGGAGAGAAAACAGAUCGACCUGGAGGAAGCAAAGUACCAGGAGGAGAAACGAAAAGAAGCAAUCGAGAGAGCAAAAUCUCUGCUGUACUAUCAGACUGACAGAGUGAAAGGAUUUCAUAGUGCCUUGUUGCUGACGGAGGUUCUGAAGGAGCGGGAGGCCCAGAUUGAACUGAAGAAAAGAAAAGAGAAUGUUUCUAAAGACAUGGAUAAAGAGAUUAUGGCUAUGCUUAAACAUAAAGCGAUUCAGGCUUUUCAACAGGAGCUGCAGAAAACCCUGGAGAACAAGCAAAAGUGUCUCUCAGUUGCUGAAAGUUUAAAACAACAGAUUAAGGUGCAUGAGCAGGCAGUAGAGCAGGAGAGAAUGGAAAAGAAGAAGGAGGCAGAGGAGCUCCAGCAGCUCCAGGAGGUUCAUCUUAAAGAAAUAAAUCUGCUUCAGGAAAAGAAGCAGGAAGAGAAGAAAAGCAUAAUGAAAGCUCAUCAAGAACACCUGGCUAAAAGGGACACCAUCCAAGCUGCUGAAGCUAAAAAACAGAAGGAGGAGGAGGAAAGACAGAGGCUUUUUGCGAGUACUAAGCAAAAAAUUAUGAAACUCAGGAAAGAAAAAGAAGCAGAGCUGUUUAGAAAGGUCCAAAGACACAGAGAAACACUUGUGGAGAAACUGGCAGCGUAUCACCAGGAACAUGCCGUCAACGAGGAAGAGCUCACUGCUAAAGCAGCAGCAGAAGCCGAGGCCAAGCUGGAUAAACAACAACGUGAGAAGGAUGAGAUGAAGGCAGCCAUGCUGAAGUCUAUUGCUGAGCACAGAGAAGCCGUGCGACUAAAGCAGGUGCAAAAGGAUCAAGAGGAGAAACAGAAAGCUGUUGAGAUGCUUAAUGCGAAGAAAGCAGCAGAUCUUAUUUAUCUUGAAAAGCAGCUAUUCAAGGCUCACAGAAUGAAGGAGGAUUCCAGAGCUCUACAAGACACCUACACUCAUCAAAUGGCUAGGAAUCAUGUACAGGAGGAGUGCAGGAAAAAAGAGCGACAAGAAUAUGAUGUGAGAAAUGCAGAGCUCAUUGCACAAGAAGAGAAUCAGUUUCAGAAAUACGCCCAGCAGGUGAUUCAGACAGCCAGUGACGCCCAGAGAAACACCUACCCGCUGCGUAAGGCAGCCAAGGCGGGCAUCGGUGGAGGUCUCGGACCCGUAUUUGGUGGGGUUAGGCCUAGUUAUCUUGUUCAGGAUCAAACUGGUGUUGAGAUGCCCAGUUAUGUGGGCGGUACCACUUCAGAGAUAAAGGAGCUGAAUGAAACCAGUGACAUUCACCAAGCUAAGAAACGGCUGGGAUUUACCUGGCAAUCAUUAGGAGUUUAACACUGAGCUGUUACUUGUAUCACAGUAUCACAGUAAUGCAUAAAAAAGUCAAAUUAAA